UGGACAGUCAGCAAAGGUGGGGAGAGGCAUCCAUCGGGAAAUGCUGUUGGUCAGUCAGAAAAGGCGGGAAAGGCCGUUGGUCUGUCAAAAAACGAGGGAAAUGCUGUUGGUCAGUCAGAAAAGGCGGGAAGGGCUGUUGGUCAGUCAGAAAAGGCGGGAAAAGCCUCAAGUUGGUCAGGACCAGGAGGGAAAGCCAUUGGUUGGAGAGGGCGGGAAACACCUUCGGUCAGUCAGAAAAGGAGGGAAAAGCUGUUAAUUCUACGCUGCUGCUCCCGCAGGGGCUCCACGCUCCUCCUGCUCCUAGGGCUGGGGCACGCGACUCCUUGAUAUUCAAUGCCCGUAUAACUGAUUUUAAUUGCACUGCUGAGAGCUUCGGGAUGUCUUCCUCCCUCGCCGGGAAGCAGGACUGGUCUGCGUUUAGCCUGUUGCACCAGCACAGGGCUUCCCUGGUGAGGGAACAUGGCCCCUCUAGUGACAGCUGCCAAAUCACCAGUACUGAAGUUCUUGAAGCAAUAGAAAAUGUUAUGCAGGAUAUAGUUACAAGUUUGGCCAGAAAUGAAGCACCUGUUCUCAUCCUGGAAAACAGAUCAGAUUGGGGGAAUAUACAGUUUACAGAGUCCAUAGGCCUACAAAUGAUAUCUCAUUGUACUACAAGAAAAAUAAGAAGUGACUGCCCUAAAUCAGCGCCAAAAUUUGCUCUAAUUCUUAAAAUAUUAUCCAUGAUCUAUAGGAUGGUACAGAACAAUACUUAUGCAACUAAAAGAGAUAUAUAUUACACCGAUCCCCAACUAUUUGGUAACCAGAGUAUUGUGGAUAAUAUAGUCAAUGACAUUUCCUGCAUGCUAAAGAUACCGAGAAGAAGUCUACAUAUAAUGUCUACAACUAAAGGUUGCAUUGCUGGUAACUUAAGUUAUACUGAGGAAGAUGGAACAAAAGUGAAUUGUACCUGCAGUGCAACAGCAGUCUCUGUGCCGUCUAAUGUUCAAGGAAUUAGAAAUUUGAUCUCAGAUGCAAAAUUUAUACUAAUUGUAGAAAAAGAUGCCACUUUUCAGAGGCUCCUGGAUGAUGACUUCUGCAAUAAACUGUCCCCGUGCAUAAUGAUUACGGGAAAAGGAGUCCCAGAUCUGAACACAAGGCUUCUGGUCAGAAAGCUGUGGGAUACAUUUCAAACUCCCAUUUUCACUCUUAUGGAUGCAGAUCCACAUGGUAUAGAAAUAAUGUGCAUCUACAAGUAUGGAUCUUUGUCAAUGUCUUUUGAAGCCCACCGUCUCACAAUUCCAGCUAUAAGGUGGCUUGGUCUCCUUCCAUCUGAUGUUGAAAGAUUAAAUAUACGGAAAGAUGCUUUAAUUCCACUUACUAAACGAGAUCAAAAUAAACUAGACAGUAUGCAGAAGAGACCGUAUGUUGCUUGCCAACCACAGUGGAAAAAAGAAAUGGAAAUUAUGGCAGCAUCUAAAAUGAAGGCUGAAAUUCAAGCUUUGACUUCUCUUUCAUCAGAUUAUCUAUCUAGAGUUUAUUUACCAAAUAAAUUGAGAUUUGGUGGAUGGAUCUGAAUAUUUGUUUGUAAACCAACUAUUUUCAAAAGUUGAUUUAUUUUGGAGCUAAUAUACAAAAGAUGCAGAAAUUUGCAAUUUUGUGGCAAUCAUACUCAAAUCAGAAGAUUCAGCUCCUUGUUUACUUAAAGAUUGUUCCUUUUAUUUUUGUCUAUUCUUUUGUAACCAUAAUUCCAACUCUAGACGAGUUAUACUUAAAAUAGAUGUUGAUUUAAUAUUUUGGUGACUUUUUUUUGUGCUGAUUUUAGUGAAAUAAAGUUUCGUUUGUAGUUUAAAACUUCCAAUCUGUGCCACAUUCUACUUUAUCGUACACUUAUUUUGUAUUGUUUUUUGUUCUUAAAAAGAACAUGUUUAAAUUAAUGGUUUUAAAGUUCAAUCCUAUGAGAGGUUACUGGAAAUGUGUCAUUGUGAUAUUUCAUGUUCGUUGUGCGUACAUCCAAAACAAAUACACCAGACAGCUAAUUUUUUUCCAACUGCAAACUCUAAAAACUCAAGAUGAGUUCAGAAAGUCAACCUGAGUUAUUUUACUUUUGCACAUCUCAAGCAUAAGGUUUGUGAAUGCCACACUACACUAAUGCCUGUACCAGUGACUCUCACCCAGGGUGCUGCAGCACCCUAGGGUGCCAGGAUAUCCUUUCAAGUGUGCUGCAAUGGAGUCACACAGUGUUAACACUGUUAGGUUAUACAAACAAAAUUCGCAAGAUAAAUCCAGAGAUUUCAAAAAGGAA